UAGGAAUAUUAUAAUUUUUAUUUUUAUGAUAUGUAUAAUAUUUGUAAUAUUUAUUAAUUUUUGUACUGCAUUCAAUGGAAAUGUUAAUAAGUCACUACAGUUCACGAAUUUGGAAAAUAUCGUAAAAAGAGGCGUAUUGAAAGUAUGUGAUUUACAAGCUAAAAAUGUACUUGAUAAGUGUAAACGCCCCUUAGUUUUUGUAUCUGAACUGGAUGGCGAGUUCGACUUACACACUAAAGUCGCCAGAACCAUCUCUGACCUUCUUAACCUUAAUCUCGACCAAACUAAUGAAAGAUUGUCAUAUGAGAUUAAGAAAGAAUUAAGCACAGUGGGUGCAUGUAAAAUAACACAUGACUGUUUAAACAUCAAGCUCCGCGAUGAGUAUAUAAUCGAUCAGUUGAAUUUAAUGUCCGAAAGUGAUCGCUUGAACGUUGGAAAACUCACCGAUGAAACCGUUCUAGUCGACUAUUUCAGCCCAAAUGUAGGCAAAAACUUACACAUGGGACACAUACGGUCACUGGGAAUAGGGCAAGCAAUUUCAAAUCUUUUACAUUUUUCAGGGAGUAAAGUAAUUCGCCGAAACCAUGUGGGUGAUUUUGGCCUUCAUAGUGGAAUAAUAAUGCGAUAUAUUAUUGAAUAUGACACCAGGGCCAUGGAAGCCCUGAACCCAGCAACUUGUGACUCUGUCCGUUUGAGGGAAACAACUCGACAGUUAGUGGCUGGGUUCAGCCCCCUCAACUUCAGCCACGAUUACAACGUGAAGAAUUUAACCCUUCCAUAUCCAACAUUCGCUUACGGACUCGUACUCGAGACGAUGGAUGACUACUACAAACUGGCUUUUGAGAAAUUCUCCUCAGACCAAGAGUUCGCAAAAAGAGCCAAAAUCGAGACUUGCUUGCUCCAAAAUGAAAAGAGCUUUGCCUUUCCACAGUGGCAAAACGUUACUAAAGUAUCACUUGCAAAGUAUAAUGACCUGCUUGAUUAUUUUUAUAUCAAAGGGCUCAAAAAUAUCCCUGAGAGUUUAUACAAAAAUGUGACAAAUAGGUUUAUUAAUGAACUAAUUAAGGAUAACCAGGUUAAACAAAACGAUAAAGAAGUUGUUUAUACCAUCCCCAAAUCCUCAAAAACUGAUGAUAAUACUGAUAGCACAGAGAAUACCCGUAAUAGUGACAGUGCUGAAGGCGUUGGUGUUAAAAAUGAGGAUAAAACGGUAUUAAUAACCAGAGAAGGAAGUUUGACGUACAUGUCUACAGAUUUAGGAGCUUUGUCUUACAGAGUUAACUGGCAUAAACCUGAUAGAAUUAUUUACGUUACUGAAAAUAAUCAAAAAUCCCACUUCAAAAAGCUGUAUAAAAUAUCAAAAAAAUUGAAACUUUUGAAGAAGUGCAAGAUGGAACACGUUGGAUUUGGCCAGAUAUGUCUUGAAGGGAGUGGUAAGAUAAGGUCUAGAACUGGAAACACUUGUACCCUUGACGACAUUACUAGACAAGUUGUUAAACUAGUGACUGAUCACAUGGUUAAACGUGGUGAUUAUUUACAACUUAAAUCUCCAGUUCUAUCCAGAAAAAUUGGAGUCGGAUCGAUAUUAUUUAGCGACUUAAGUGUGGAACCGAAAUCAGGUUACAACUUUUCCAUAGAACGUUUAAUGAAUCAAGGAUACAACUUACUAAUCUCAAUUCUUUAUUCAUACGUGCGGUGUCAAUCGAUCCUUAAGCGUUGUGAAUCAUUACCUCAAAUUCCCUCUAACGAGUUCCGAAAUGAGUAUGAACGUAAGCUGGGAUUGGUACUGUUGGGAUUUGAAAAUAUCAUAGCCACUUCCAUAUCAUUGAGGGAGCCUCACAGAGUGUGUAAAUAUCUAACAAAUUUAUCAAGAGAGUUUAACCAGUUUUACGAAAAAACACCUGUAAUUGCUGAUGAUAAGGUGAAUUCACUUUCUUUAAAGUUGGUUAAAAUAACUUCAAGGGCAAUCGAAAUCGGUCUCGGCAUUUUAAAUAUACAAACCGUUAAGCGUUUAUAGUAUAAUAAAAUUAAUAAAAUAUGAAUGUUAUGAUAGAACCUAAUGUUUGUUCUGAUUCAUAAAGUGGUUCUAAGUAAUAUUCUGUAAUAUACUGUAGUGUAGUAUAUUAAUCUUUCUUGGCCAGUUCAUCACACUCCUUCAUGAAC